AUGGAGACUGUGGCUACAGCCUCGCCCCUGCUGCUAGGGUCACCGCCGAAGCACUCGCUGAGUGGGCCCCUCAGGCCCCCCGUCUCCUUGCCCGCAGUUCUCAAUCCGACGACACCCUCUACUGGGACAUCUCCGCAGCGCGCCUUUGCUUUGCCGCCCAUUGGCCCUUCUUCCAGCUCAUCAACCCCGCUGCGUGUUGGCGUUCUUGAAUUUAGAAUCUACAACAUUUUUGCGAAAACUAGCCCCUUGACCUUUCACCUUGCUCCUCCACGGCCAACUCUACCAUUACCCCCACCCCCUCAUCCACACACACACACACACACACAUUUGUUCACCUCUCUCUCUCUCUCUCUCUCUCUCUCAAACUCUCUCUCUCUCUCUCAAACUCUCAAACUCUCUCUCUCUCUCUCAAACUCUCUCUCUCUCAAACUCUCUCAAACUCUCUCAAACUCUCUCAAACUCUCUCAAACUCUCUCUCUCUCAAACUCUCUCAAACUCUCUCAAACUCUCUCAAACUCUCUCAAACUCUCUCAAACUCUCUCAAACUCUCUCAAACUCUCUCAAACGCACACACGCGCUAAAACGGCAGCCGGCGGUGGACGACAGCGGUUUUCGUCGCGGGAGCGUUUUGAGCAUCGUCGGCAGAAAAACAAAGGCGGUUCUGGUCAGGGCCAGGGUGGCGAAGGUCAGCGCGGUCAGCGGCGGCCAGCAGCAGCGCCGACGGAACCAUCUCGACCACAUUCUGACAAGCGUGGUUCAAGUGGUUCGCGGCCAGCAGCUUCGCUCGACAAAUCCGGCAGUGCUGGUCCUCAUGCAGCGCGUGUCAAUGGCGCUGCACCAGACAAGACAGAGCGAGCCAAGCCUGCAGCGCCGUCCAGCAAGUCCUCAAGCCAGACACCGUCUGCGUCAGGACCAUCAACACACCAACAUCAGCGCGGCAAGACCUCAAUGCUCUUUGGCAAGAACGACGAUCCCACGCCCGGAGCCAAAGCACCCAAAACAGUUGGCAAGCGCAACACGCGUGAGGUCAAGGUCAUGACGGCUCUUUCAUUUGAGGAUCUGAACAUUGCAGACCGCCUGCGCGAGACUCUGCAAACCAUGAACCUGAAUCGCUUGACGCUACCCCAACAGCAUGCCACGCCGCUUCUGCUGCAGCACUGUGAUGUCAUGCUUAAAUCCCCCACGGGUACGGGCAAGACGCUUGCGUACGCCAUCCCGAUUGUCCAGGAUCUGCAGGGUCUUCAACACAAGGUCGAGCGCAGUGAUGGCCCUUUGGCCAUAGUUCUCACCCCAACCCGCGAGUUGGCUCAGCAGUCGCUGGAGGUCAUCCAGCAAUUGCUCAAGAGCUUCAACUGGAUUGUCCCUGGUGCCAUUACUGGUGGCGAAAAGAAAAAGGCCGAGAAGGCUCGACUGCGGAAAGGUAUCAACAUUCUGGUCGCCACGCCAGGUCGUAUGAUGGACCAUAUCCGCACUACCAAGGCGCUACAACUCAAGUCUGUGCGCUGGCUCAUUCUUGACGAAGCCGAUCGGCUGCUUGACAGUGGUUUUGAGCAGACAGUCAAAGAUAUUGUCGGCGCUCUCAAUCAGGCGCGAGCCAAGACGAACAAGGCCAUGCGCCGCACCAAUGCCCUGGUUUCUGCAACGCUGACCCCCAAAGUCUUGCGUCUAGCCAAAGACAUUACGACCGAUACGUAUUUCGUGGACACUACCAGCGAGACCGAAGCCAAGCGGGUCUACAAGCUCAAAAACCUGUCUGCACCCGAGCUGACUGAGGAGUCUGAUGACAAGGACAAACCCGAGGACGAAUCGAAAACAGCCCCCAAAGCAUCAACCGCGGAGCCCAAGGCGCCGGCGUCCCAAGUGUCGACUGUGGCCGAGGUGGAUGAAGCCGACGUGAUCAUGGGUGCUGGCGAUGACGCGGAAGCCCGUGUCUACAUCUCGACCAAGCUGACCCAGUACUACACUGUGGUGCCACCCAAGCUUCGACUGGUGGCCAUGCUGGCAUAUCUACGCAAAACCUGCAUCAAGAAUAAGGCGUUGGUCUUUGUGCAGAGUCGCGAUGAAGCCGCAUUCUAUGCCGAGCUUUUUACCAAGCUCCAGCAACCAAAGGAGGGCGCUGGUUUCUCCGCAGACCGGAUUCUGACCGGCGUGGAGCUGUACUUUUUGCACGGUGGCAUGGAGCAAAAGGAUCGUACGGCUUCUUACCGAGCCUUUUGCAAGGCAACACAUGGCGCACUAAUUUGCACCGACGUGGCGGCACGUGGCUUGGACAUUCCCCGAGUGAGCGGCGUGCUACAGACGUCGUGUGCUCCUACGGUAGCCGAUCAUGUUCACCGUGUGGGUCGUACUGCUCGUUUGGAGGCGGGCGGUGAGGCAACUUUGUUUGUGCUUCCAACCGAGCUCGAGUACCUGCAGGUACUUGAGAAGGAGCAGCUGAGCUUAACGGCAUUGGAUGUGAUGGACCUGCUGACGUCUUUGACGCUACACCGUGGCGAUCGAGAUGUGACCAAGCAAGUGGCGUCGCGAGUGCAAAUGGCCUGUGAAGAGAAUACGACACAAGAAGCCAUGCAUACCCGUGCUGUGGCCGCGUUCACGGCUUAUGUUCGAGCGUAUGCGACAUACCCUAGCGCCAUGAAGGGGAUUUUCCACGUCAAGCACCUGCAUUUAGGUCAUUUGGCCAAGUCAUUUGCGCUGCGCGAGGCGCCGCAGGGCUUGCAGGGGGCAGGGGGCAAGGGUGCUAGCAAAGCAGCACAGGCAAAGAAGAGCAAGCUGACUGCCAAGCAAAAGAUGAUGCAAAACGCCAAGCGCGUGACCGCUGCGGCGAGCGAUGAAUUCUCUGGAGGUUUUGCUGGCGCGGGUGCUCGCGCCCCGAAGCGACGUCGUGGCAUGGGGCAAUAA